AUGACAGAUGCUCUCUAUGAUCUCCUGCAACCUCAUCUCGCAUCGUCGUCUCAACUGCCCUCUUCAUCACCAGAGAUAUCCAAAUACUUGUCCCGCCUCGUCUCCCUGCGUCCCAGCGAUUUGACAACAACAGAACCUCAAUCACUUAGCCAAGCGGCACAGUCUAACUUAUUCUCAAUCCAGGCCCUGAGUUCCCGCUCUCACCGCACGACGACCACAUCAUCAGACCAUCUCAGCAGUCUCCGCUCCUCUCUGCCCCUUAUAUCAACAUCCGCAGAACUGAUCAAGAAUGCAAUCCCUGAAUUGGAUGCCAGCGCUGUGAAUUUUGCCUCGACUUACAGCAAAGCCAAGGAGGAGAGCACCUCUGGGGGGGCCAGUGGUGGAGGAAAUGCCCUCCUUACUGCCCGGCGAGAGUCCUCCCUCCUCGCUCGACAGGCGGACAAAGCUCAGGAUAUCCUGGAACUUCCAUCUCUACUCUCUGCUGCAAUUGCCUCGGCCCACACGACAUCAGCGGUAUCAACAACCUCCGCAUCUUCUGGAGCCAGCGGCGCGAAUUACACCCAAGCGCUCGAUCUCUUCGCCCAUAUUAAACGCCUCCAGAUCCUUUAUCCCGAUUCACAGCUGGUAAAGUCCGUGGUCGCCGAUGCCGAAAGCGCAAUGAAGGACAUGACGACAAAUCUCGUCGCCAGUCUUCGCGGGCAGAACCUUCGUCUCGCUGCUGCUAUACGGAUGAUCGGUUGGUUGCGACGGGUGGCGCCAGAGCUGUCAACGAGCACAACCACGGGCUUGGGGUCGGCCACUUCUCAGACCAGCAAACCGGGUUUGUCUACGCCGACGCUGACCUCGCAGCUCGGACUCGGAGCGCCUUCAUCAGCACACCAGGAAGAAGGCCACUUUGGAGCUCUGUUCCUCGUCUCACGGCUAUGCACGUUCCUGAGCAUGAUAGAGGCUCUUUCUCCCCUACGCGACCUCGCAGACCAAGAGACACAGGCACGGAAAGAAGCCGCCAGCUCCAGACAAACUGCCCACCAACAACAUCCGACAUCCUCGAGCACGACCCGAGCUCCACCAACCGGUAAGCCCUCCUCUUCCGGUAUGGGCUACAAUCCCUCCCUCGCGGGCCAACAGACGGAACGGUACCUGAAACGCUUCAUCGAGAUCUUCCGCGAACAGUCCUUCGCGACAAUCAGCAUGUACCGCAAUAUCUUCCCGGCGGACGAAACUUUCAUCUCCACUGCUCCUCCCGAAGCAUCAUCGUCAUCACCGUCGCCAGACCUGUCCCUAUCCCUCACGCUACCUCCGGCCCUGCAGACGUUCCCCCUUCACCUGAUCGACAUCUUCAUCUCCACGCUCAAACAGUACCUCCCGAACGUGACCGACCCGGCAGCGAGGGAGAGCCUGCUGAUGCAGGUUCUCUACGCGGCGAACUCGCUGGGCCGGUUGGGUGCAGAUUUCAGCUUGAUGAUCGCGGAGCUCGAGGAGGACGAAGACGACGACGAGGUAGACCAGGGAGAAAAUCCCGCAGAGGGGACCGUAGCCGACGACAUAACCGAUGUCGCAGAAAAAGACGUUGAAGAAAGCGAGUCCGCAGAAGCGCACGGCAGCCCCGUGCAGGCCACCAACGGCGACGGCGACGGAGCCGGCGACCUCCAGGCCAGAAAAGCCGCAGCGACAGAAGCGGCGUCAGAGACUCAGACUCAGACGACGACGACGAAACCCCACCCCCAGCCUGAGCCAGAAUGGAUCUCCAUCAUCAAGAAACACCGCGUCCAAGCCGCACGGUUGGAAGCCCUGGCUGCGGGACAAGAACAACGAAGCCGGCAGUAG